GUUCUAUUCAAUGUUUAUACACCCAACUGCAAUGUUUUAUUCACCUGAUGAAGAGAUCAUACUCAAAAGCUUGUCAAAACGUAUUUUUUAUAAAGCUCUUUAACUAUGCUUAACUAAUAUGUUGCUAUUUUUGAAAAGUAUAAUAUUUUUGGCUUUGUUUUUAGUUAUUCUUCAUGAAACAUUAAAUUUAAGGAAUUGUGUCAUCUCGUAUGGUUGGCGAAACCAGAAUGAGGGUUGCGUUGAUUACGUUGGGGGUAACCCUAUGUACUGCAGCUGUUAUUGGAAAUGCUUUUUACCAAAAACAACAAUUUUAUCCUUCAAUUGUCUAUCUGACAAAAUCUAAUCCAAGUAUUGCAGUAUUAUAUGCACAGGGGUUCGCUCUCAUAUUUUUGCUGGGCAAAGCUUUGAGAAAAAUAUUUUUUGGUCAAUUACGAGCAUCUGAAGUGGAGCAUCUGAUCGAAAAGUUCUGGUAUGUGAUCACGGAAACGUGUCUGGCUUUCACUGUUUUUCGCGAUGACUUCAGUCCAAAAUUUGUUGCACUAUUUACUUUCUUACUCUUUAUGAAAGCUUUUCAUUGGCUGGUGGAAGAUCGGGUCGAUUACAUGGAAAGAAGCCCCAUCAUAACUGUAUUGUUUCAUAUUCGCGUAAAUACUUUACUGUUGUUAUUGGGAACACUUGACUCUGCUCUGAUUCAUCACGCUUUUAAAACAACUUUGUCAAGCGGAGCGUCAGUUCAAAUGGUUUUCGGAUUUGAGUACGCCAUUUUAUUGGUGAUGGUUGUCGCAAUUAUCAUGAAAUAUGUUCUUCACACUAUCGAUUACAUUAGUGAACAUCCCUGGGAGAAUAAAAACGUCUACUUACUUUAUGCUGAACUUAUUACAGGUCUUGUAAAGUGUUGUUUAUACGUAGCAUUUGUUGGAGUUAUGGUGAAAAUACAUACCUUCCCCCUGUUUGCCAUCAGACCGAUGUACUUGACCAUCAGGUCGUUCAAGAAGUCGCUCAGCGAUGUGAUUUUAUCUCGAAGAGCGAUUGCAUACAUGAAUACUAGGUUUUUGAAUGCUAGCGAAGGGGAGUUGCGUCAGGUUGACAAUACGUGUAUCAUAUGUCGUGAACAGAUGACUGCUGGCAAGAAAUUACCAUGUAAUCAUAUCUUUCACGCGCAUUGCUUGCGAUCAUGGUUUCAACGUCAGCAGUCUUGUCCAACAUGCCGAAUGGAUGUAUUAUCUGCACGAGCGCAAACAAUGCAACCUCCAGCACAACAACAACAACAACAACAACAACCUCCAGCUGGCAUGCCUCGGGCAGGUGCCCCCCCAUUCACAGGUAUGCCGCCUCCUGCUGGUUCCCCGUUUGGUAUGCCACCAGGUAUGCCUCCUGGUGUUUUACCGCAAACAAGUGCUGCAACAUCACAAACAACUCAAGCUUCAACGAAUGAGACAACAUCUCCAAAUUUCUUGUUUCCGGUUACUAUGCCACCUCCGUCGUUUAUGUUUGGAUCUCCUCCUUCUUUUUUGACACCUCCACCUCCUCCGUUUAUGUCUAUGGCAGCACCUCCAAUGUUUCCUUCGUCAAAUUUAGACUUGUCAACAUUGUCAUUAGAGCAACUGCAUCAAAUGGAAGGUCAAGAACGUGAAAAUGUGGAGUCUCGUGUGCGAUUGUUGAGAAAUGUUCAUUCACUACUUGACUCUGUAAUUGUGCAAUUAAACCAGUAUUCGCAAGUUGUGACGACAAUUGGUGCGAUGUCUUCAACAAACACGGCAAACAACGAAUCGAUACCAUCACCAGAGACCGCAACUAAAUCCACUACAACUAUUUCGAGUUUAAACGACAUUAUCUCAAAUGAAACAUCAACAACUGCUGCGGAUGUGGGGACGUCGUCCACACCUUGUAAUUAUGUUGAGAAUAUUACCAUGCAACGUGAUAUUGACGUUGACGACAAAAAGAACAACGAUGAAGGUUUGCAGAUGAGUCCUGAUAAUGAACUCCGAAGAAGACGGCUUGAAAGAUUUCAAAAUAUUCAAAAUAACACAAAUGAGGAGUAAAAUUUUUAAACUUUGAAGAUUGCACAGAGACCGUCCAGAAGUUUGAUACAGAGUAAAAGAUAUUUUAACUGUUAUAGUAGUUCUUAUAUGGUGUAUGUUUACAGCUUCUAUACCGAUAAUUUUAUGUAGAAGUGAGUUGCAAAAGAUGUAGUGUGAGAACUGACAUAAUUCAAUCGCGAUAGCGCGAUGGUUUGUUUU